GUGUCCAAUCACGAGGCUAGAUGGCUUCACAAGAUGGCGGCGCGCGGGGAGCGUAUCAUCUGCGUUUCUAGGAGCUUCGCUGUGCGGCUGCUUUAAGAUUCUAGGAUUCCAGGGUUGUACAGGCCCACGCCAGACACGACGUGUGGCAGGAACCUCGGCCUCAGAGAUGGCUCUGAGUAAAUCAAUGCAUGCAAGAAAUAGAUACAAGGACAAACCUCCUGACUUUGCAUAUCUGGCAUCCAAAUAUCCAGAUUUUAAGCAGCAUGUUCAGAUAAAUCUGAAUGGAAGAGUGAGCCUUAAUUUUAAAGACCCCGAAGCAGUCAGAGCUCUGACUUGUACUCUCCUAAGGGAAGAUUUUGGACUUUCUAUUGAUAUUCCGUUGGAGAGACUAAUUCCCACAGUUCCCUUGAGACUCAACUAUAUUCACUGGGUAGAAGAUCUGAUCGGUCACCAGGAUUCUGACAAAAGUACUCUCCGAAGAGGAAUUGACAUAGGCACAGGGGCAUCCUGCAUCUACCCCUUACUCGGAGCAACAUUGAAUGGCUGGUAUUUCCUCGCAACAGAAGUGGAUGAUAUGUGUUUCAACUAUGCAAAGAAAAAUGUGGAACAGAAUAACUUAUCUGAUCUCAUAAAAGUGGUGAAAGUGCCACAGAAGACACUCCUGAUGGACGCUCUUAAAGAAGAAUCGGAGAUCAUCUAUGACUUUUGCAUGUGCAACCCUCCCUUUUUUGCCAAUCAAUUGGAAGCCAAGGGAGUAAACUCACGGAAUCCUCGAAGACCUCCACCUAGUUCUGUUAAUACAGGAGGUAUCACAGAGAUCAUGGCAGAAGGAGGUGAAUUAGAGUUUGUUAAAAGGAUCAUCCAUGACAGUCUACAACUUAAAAAAAGAUUAAGAUGGUAUAGCUGUAUGCUGGGAAAGAAAUGCAGCCUGGCACCUCUGAAGGAAGAGCUUCGCAUACAAGGGGUUCCUAAAGUCACCUACACUGAAUUCUGUCAAGGUCGGACAAUGAGAUGGGCCUUAGCUUGGAGUUUUUAUGAUGAUGUCACAGUACCAUCACCACCAAGUAAGCGAAGAAAAUUAGAGAAACCACGGAAACCCAUUACAUUUGUGGUGCUGGCGUCUGUGAUGAAGGAACUGUCCCUCAAAGCAUCACCUCUGGGCUCGGAGACGGUGGAAGGCAUAGUCGUCGUCACGACAUGGAUUGAAAAAAUUCUCACUGAUUUGAAGGUCCAGCAUAAACGAGUUCCCUGUGGAAAAGAGGAAGUUAGCCUUUUCCUAACAGCCAUAGAAAACUCCUGGAUUCAUUUAAGGAGAAAGAAAAGGGAGCGAGUGAGACAACUGAGAGAAGUUCCCCGAGCUCCCGAGGACGUCAUUCAGGCCUUGGAAGAGAAAAAGGCCACCCCCAAAGAGUCUGGCAAUAGCCAAGAAUUGGCCAGGGGCCCCCAGGAGAAGCCCCCCUGUGGGCCUGCUCUGCAGGAAGGCGAGCCUGCCACUGUGGAGGGCCCGUGCCCGAGCCAGGAGUCCCUGUCCCAGGAGGAAAACCCGGAACCCAUGGAGGAUGAAAGGAGUGAGGAAAAGGGAGGGGUGGAGGUUUUGGAAAGUUGUCAAGGCUCUAGCAACGGAGCACAGGACCAAGAGGCUUCUGAGCAGUUCAGCAGCCCAGUGGCUGAAAGGGGGAAACGCCUCCCAGGAGUGGCCGGACAGUACCUGUUUAAGUGUUUGAUAAACGUUAAGAAGGAGGUGGACGAUGCCUUAGUUGAGAUGCACUGGGUUGAGGGCCAGAACAGGGAUCUGAUGAACCAGCUUUGUACCUACAUACGUAACCAAAUUUUCAGGCUUGUUGCCAGUUAACUAGAAAGUUCUCGCACCGUUGGAAAUGUGUUUAUAGUAACUUGCUUUGGAGUGGCCUGUGGGGUGGCAAGAGGAAUCCUAGCAGCGGCCCGUUAGUAGCACGAUGUGGAAUUAUCUUCGAAAACAAAAACCUAUGAAUCUGUCCCCCACCUCCCCCCACCUCCUUCCCGCUUUUGGAGUUACAGGGAGUUGUAGUGCGGCCGUUUACAAGGAGGAAUUGUGGUCAUCAGUAACAACAAAAAGCCCUCAGUAAACUCCCGAGGGAUUGCAAGUUGGCUCAAGCUGGCCCCCUCAGCUUUGGACUGCCUCUGCAAGGCCAAAAGGGUUGUUUGUGGAGUCUGGGCUGGGCAGCACUGCCUAGAAUAUCAUGCUCUCUCUGUCACCCAAGGGUGUUUCUUGAGGAGGGGGAGCUCUCUGCCUCCAGUUGGAGGUCCUGUUCCAGUUGGAGGUACCCUCUUCUAGGUCACUCUUCAAGAUGGGGCCUACCUUGCAUCAGUCCCACAAAGGGAGCCGUAUGGUGGGGGGUGGGGAAUCGGGGAGAGAAACCUUAGUAAUGCUGGGAAGGAGGAGCAGAGUCUGGGGACCACCCGGUAAAUGGCACAUUCCUGACACAUGGCUGUUUUGAUGUUGCUUAUUUCAGGAGCAGAAUUAGGUAGGCAAAACUCCCAGGCGUGACUGAGGCACACAGAAGGCACCCAUACUCCCACCUCCAGCCUGUUGACAGUACCAUUUUGUAGCAGUUUUACUACUGUAUGAUUUUUGUUCGGACAUUUGAAGUAGAGCCUGUUUUGUUUUUAAUAUAAGAAUAUUCACAAAUUAAAAACCCGCGGUCCUAUUUGAAUCCUGGGGUUAGCUGAUGACAGAAAUGAGAAAUGGAACAAAAUAGUAUGUGCUGUAGGUAGCUUAAGAAAGUCUCAGAUAUUUUGUUGCUGAUCAAAUACUGUUUUUUUGUGGCUUCACUUGUAAUCCCCCCUGUACUUAACCUACUCACAUUGGAGAGUUCUGAGGCCGGGGUAACCAUGUCCUUAAAACACGUUUCUAAUUGGAAUGCCAGGGUUCAGUAGCAAUCCCCCCAGAAAAGGGGUGACCUUCUGCUGUGCUUGACUUUAACAGCUUGAUGUUGCAUCAGCAGCUGAGGGUUCUAUUUAGACUAAAAUCUUUGCCAGAGCUUCUUGCCAUCUGCUAAGAAGACUGAGUAGUUAAGCCAGCCUUCUGAGAGGUGGCUGUUGGUGAGGACAGGAAGCUGGUGACCUUGGCAUAUCUUGGCAGCACUUGGAUCGGGCCCUCGGCAGAGACACAGGAAGUGGAACUACUGUGCUUUAAUUUGGCUGUGGAGCUGGAGCUAGAGAAGACAGCAUACUGGCCAGUGGCUUUUUGAUUGAUUGAUUGUUAUGAGAUGGAGUUUCACUCUUGUUGUCUAGGCUGGAGUGUAGUGGCGCAAUCUCAGCUCACUGCAACCCCCGCCUCCCGGGUUCAAGCAAUUCUCCUGCCUCAGCCUCCUGAGUAGCUGGAAUUACAGGCACGUGCCACCAUGCCUGGCUAAUUCUGUUUUUGGUAGAGAUGGGAUUUCACCAUGUUGGCCAGGCUAAUCUUGAACUCAUGAUCUCAGGUGAUCUGCCCACCUUGGCCUCCCAAAGUGCUGGGAUUACAGCCGUGAGCCACCACUCCCAGCCUCUGACCAGUGUUCUUAACCUGGUCCGUGGACCUCCAGAGAGUCCAUAUACCUCCUAGAGUUACUUCUAAAAGCUCUGUGAGCGUGUGUGUGUGUUUUUCCUGGAGAGAGGGUUCCCAAAACCCUCAGACAUAGACAAAGUGGUCAAUAACCCACUAAGGAUUAAGAAUCAUUAUUCUAGUCCAAGCAUUCACGUGUCAGGCUGCAAAAAACAAUACCCAGGGUCACACAGAGCCAAGACUCAAUUCAGGACCGUGGAUUCCGCUGGUCUAGAAAUUUUCUACUGUGCUAGCCCACACCAUCCCACUAUCCUUACCUCGAGUGAAUAUCACAUUUGAGUCAUUUGCUGGACCCAAACGUAGUUUCCUUGGUAUAAUUUUAGGAUAAUUGUUUAAGUGGCAACUAUUCAUUCAGUAAGUAGUAAGUACUUAUUGUUUGCUUGUUUCAUUAUGAAAGAGUGGCACAUGCUCAUUAAAGAUUUGGAAAAAUGAAAGUCAAAACAACAAAAUCACCCCAGUCCCAACCUUCUGUGACAUAACCACUUUUGGUAUUGGCGCAUUGCUUUCCAGUCUCUCUGUAGACAGGGUGUGUGAGUGUGUGGGUUUAACUGGUGGUACUCAUGCUGCAUAUUCAGUUUUAUAUUCCGGUCCUUUUUUCAUUUAACAUCUUACAAGUAUUUUUCCGUGUUCUAACACUAAUGUAUUGACUUACACUCCUUGCCUGUUCAAAAUGUCUUUCAGGCACAGCACUGGCCUUUAAGUCUGUGUCUUAGGGAUUUCCAGAGAAUGCUCUGUGUAUUGAGGCACAGAAGGUGUUUCUGUGUCUUAGUGUGUUUCUGUCCCUAGGUUUAAGGCUUCCUGUCAUGGAGGAGAUUUCAUAGAUGUUAAGCUAAUGACCUUAGAGUUUUAAAAAAUCCAUGACAGUGGCUGGGCGCAGUGGCUCAUGCCUGUAAUCCCAGCACUGUGAGGCUGAGGUGGGCACAUCACAUGAGGUCAGGAGUUUGAGACCAGCCUGGCCAACAUGGUGAAACCCCAUCUCUACUCAAAAUACAAAAAUGAGCCAGGCAUGAUAGCGCGCACCUGUAAUUCCAGCUACUCGGGAGGCUGAGGCAGGAGACUCAUUUGAACCUGGGAGGCAGAGGUUGCAGUGAGCCGAGAACGCCACUGUACUACAGCCUGGGCGACAGAAUGAGACUGUCUCCAAAAAAAAAAAAAAGAACAGAACCCGUGAGCAGGCCAGCUUUCAGUCUGGAGCCGAGUGCCUUCUGUGCAUUUAGAUGUUUCCAUUUCCUUCCCUGAGAAGAUUUUCUUAGGCUGCCUAGUGAGAGAACAUUGAAAAUAUUUUUAAAGGACAUCUAAACAUUGUUUUGGUCAUGCAUAUGCUUUAUAAUUGUGUGUUGUUUCACAGCAUAUACCUUUGGCACAGGUGGGCAAGUUUUUCUUUGAAGAAAUAGGUUAUUGACUCAUGUCAUAAUCUUGAGUGUUACUCUCCUGAAGUGUCCAGAGAUCACAUUCAUGUUGUUGGGUUGGUAUGAAAUUAAAUCUUUGUGGUGUGAUCCUAAAUUCUCUUCUGGUCCCUAGAAUCGGCUUCUGGUCUCCUGAUAACUGAAGUGGAGACAGAAGCUGACAGAAGCUGAGCCUGUUUUCCAGGCAAACUAAAGCUGCUUUUGUGCUUCGGAAUCUGCUUUGCCUCCGUCAGCCUGGUUCCUUCCCCACACAUGCUGGCCGCACUGUCCCCACUCCAGACCUCUGCUGCGUGUCCUGGCAGGGCCGCGGCUCUGCAGUGGCCUUUCAACUCAUCCUAAGCUUCGUGUAGAUUAGUAUAUAUUUUUUUAUAAAACAUAAAGCCUUUCCUCUCGAUGGAAAUCAAAGCUUACCAUGUGAGCACUCGAACUUCUAAGUUCUGACAGGAAUAACAAAACUGCAAGGAGUGGAAAAGAUGGAAAAGCCUGGGGGAAAUCCGAGGCCUUUUGAAAGAAGGGAGCUGAUGACUUCAUGACCAGCUCCUGGAGCCCCGCCUUUCUGCUGAAGCCGCGGCAUUUCCCGCCGUGGCCACACGAGGGCACCCUUGGCCCUUUUAUCAAAGCGCCUUCACUUCCCCGUGGGAAUGGAGACGAUUCUGUCCAUGGUGUUUGCUUGAAAUACCCAGUUGCUACCUAGAUUUGUAUUUUUAUGUAAACAAAUACAUUUUCACAGAAAUAAGAUUUGAAAAAUAAAAGUAGAAAGAGAAAAAAACACUAGCCAUGGUCUCUUUACCUGGUAUAAUCUCUUUCGACCUUUUAAUGUUUUUUUAAUGGUCCCAGCUGACUAUUUUUUCUAUUCUUUCCAGCUGUCCUACCCUAGAAUAUAUCCAGGGCCAGUCCUUUGGAUCAAGUUUUUCUUGAUAUCUAGUUAAUGAAGAUACUGGAGAGGAAAUGCUGAGUGAUCUUCAAACAGUAGUUUUCCAAAAGCCUUAUGUUCCAGGAGUAAUACCAAGAUCUCCAAGAAAGCAGCUGGGUUCAGAAGGCAGGGCGCGGUGGUUCAUGCCUGUAAUCCCAGCACUUUGGGAGGCAGAGGCGGGUGGAUCACAAGGUCCAGAGUUCAAGACCAGCCUGACCAACAUGGUGAAACCCCAUUUCUACUAAGAAUACAAAAAUGAGCUGGGCGUGGUGGUGUAUGCUUGUAAUCCCAGCUACUCAGGAGGCUGAGGCAGGAGAAUCGCUUGAACCCGGGAGGCGGAGGUUGCAGUGAGCCAAGAUUGUGCAACUGUACUCCAGCCUGGGCAACAGAGUGAGACUCAGUCUCAAAAAAAAAAAAAAAGCAGCUGGGUUCAGUGUUCUUUUGUUGACCCUUGUUUGGGGUUGCUCUGGUUGGCUGGCUAACAUGCAUGUUGUGUGUUGCUUAUAUCAGAAGUUGAGGGUUCUGUGUGGGGUAGAUGCUGUCGGUUAGCCAGGCCUUGCUUCUCACAAGGGGCGUUUCUGGGGAGAACAUGGAUCUUACUAACCCUGGGGUCUGUGUGGGCUCAAGGAGGAUCCCAUCUCCCCUUAUGUUUGUGGUACAGGAUCAGAUGUGGCCACCAGCAGUUGUGCACCUUAGGGUGAGGAGGGUCCAGGUAGGAAAAGUCAGUCAAGAGCCCUCUGGAGGCCGGGCGCGGUGGCUCACGCUUGUAAUCCCAGCACUUUGGGAGGCCGAGGCGGGCGGAUCACGAGGUCAGGAGAUCGAGACCACAGUGAAACCCCGUCUCUACUAAAAAUACAAAAAGUUAGCCGGGCGUGGUGGCAGGCGCCUGUAGUCCCAGCUACUCGGAGAGGCUGAGGCAGGAGAAUGGCGUGAACCCAGGAGGCGGAGCUUGCAGUGAGCCGAAAUUGCGCCACUGCACUCCAGCCUGGGCGACAGAGCGAGACUCCGUCCCAAAAAAAAAAAAAGAGCCCUCUGGAAGAAGGAGCAUUUCAAAGGUGCAGCAGGUUUAUGGCGAUAGAGGGGGUUCCCUCAGGAAAGGGUCAUGGCCUUUUUAGGGAAGUUGGUGCACAGGAGACUUGGUUUGCUGAAUAGGCACUAACCUCAGUAAAACCCAGAAGAGGCUGAAUAGAAUGAAUUGGCUCCUGCCUCCUGCAGGCAGCACUGAUGUGUUGAACCUCUCUAGUAAUUCCGAGUACACAGCUCUCGGUGUGAGUGCCAGCGCAGUAUUAGAGGCCCGUAAGGCGCCCGCCCCACUGAUGAUGGGUGUCACACGUGCCCCGGCGUUCCUGCUCUGCUCUGUGACAUUCACAUCCUCUGCUGUGACUCAGCCAAAUGACUAAAACAGCGGUUGAUGUUUUAAAUUGCUGGUUGGAGCAGCUAAUGCUGCCUGGUGGAGGAGGCUGUGCUUUGUACUCCAGGGACUAUGUUGUGACUACGGAACGCCCUUGCCCCUCGAGGUGCCCUUUGAGGUGUAGCCUGUCUGCCAGUCUCAAUCCAAGCAGAAGCGUGGGUUUCCUUAGGGAAGAGGAAGAUUAUGGGUGCUUCCCUCACAGGGGAACUGAAAGGAGAAGGGGUAGAGGAAAAGUACAGCCGGACUUGGCAGAACUGGCUCACGAACGGUGCUCUGAGAGGGCCAGGCAGGUGUAAACCCAAGACCCUUUUCCACCCACCCCAGGGGAGCGAGAGGCAGGAAAGAGCAAGACUUCGACGUUCAGACCUGGGUUCCCGUCCAGGUCCAUUCCUUGCACGGAUUAAGUCCGUUUACUAAGCCUUGUCUUCCUUAUGCCACAGAUGAGGAAUUCUCACUUCACAGAGUUAGAGCAGUGCUUAAGUGUGAGAAGGACUGAGAUCUCAGCAGAGGGUGGAAACACUUGCUCCUCUUCUGAUUCUUUGAAUUUUCAAUUUCCAUUCAGAAAACCUUCUACCAGUAGACUCAGAUGAAAAGGCUGAGACCUCACGUGUAUGCCUGCAGGUGUAAAGUACCACUGUUGACAAAGAGCAAAACCCAUACUUGAUGUGAUGGAGGGAGGACCGGGGGCCAACAUUGAUGGUCCACCCUCCACACACACUGUCUCAUUUAGGAACCCCGUCAGCCUGUGUGAUGUGCCUGCGUGGUGGCUGAAGGAAAUGGAAGCUCAGAGAGUGUCAGUGACUUGCUGUAAGGUUAUCUACGGAGCUCAGUCAUAGAAAUGGGAUUUGAACUCAGGUCCAAGAAGCCAAGACUGGGAUCUUGUGCCACAACUCAAAAGUCUAUGGCAAGUGCUGCACUUCAUGUGGAAAUGUACUUCCAGGCUCGUCUGACCCACCUCUAGGGAUGGAGACUGCAGUGAUACGACACGGGGAAGGAAAAAAGCAUCUUUCACCUUCAGAGUUUAGCCCUUUAAG